CUCAUGCUUGGCUUCUGGUGCAUGUUCCUGGAUCUGGAUCAUUCACUUCUGCACCACAUCUACUACAAUUACCAUACCCUGCUCCAGUCCCUUCGCAGCCAAGUGAACCAGCGAUCCCGAUCCCGCUCAGCUGUGUUAAGCAACUCAAAUAAGCGCCAGGUGAUGCAGAUGCCCCAGAGACGAAGAACGAGGGCCAUGACUCAGAUGAUCCAAGGCGAGAGCCAGGGCCAGGGCCAGGGCCUGGGCCUGGGCCUGGGCCAGGGCCUGGGCCUGGGCCUGGGCCUGGGCCUGGGCCUGGGCCUGGGCCUGGGCCUGGGCCUGGGCCUGGGCUUUAGCCUGAGAUUGAGUCUGAGCCAGCUGGACACAACCGCCUCUAUCCCAGUGGCCCAGCACACAACACAAAGCAGCAUAGCAAUUCAGGAUCCAGAACAGCAGGCAGAAGAGGUGGUGGAGAAAGAACAGGCGGAGGAGAUCACCGCACAAAUCACCGAUGUGAGAGAAAUAACUAAAUAUGAGUAUGAACACCUGAAUGAAGACAAUGAAGACUUUGUCAUUAAGAAAGAGAUGAAAACAGAGGAAGAAAAUAAGAAGGAAAAUGAAAAACAAGGAGGACUUGAAUAGGAACCUGAUCUGGUAGAUAGCAACCCCAGAAAAUUCAGUUAGGAGGAAUAAAAAGAAGAUAGAAAAGAAGAAAGAAUCUGUUGUUCACUGUUUUUAGGUUUUUCAUUAUUCAGAAGCCCGUGGGAAUUGUAACACUGAUAUUUUAAUGUUCAUCAUCCUAAAAGUGAUAUUCUAUGAAAAAUACCUUUUUCUUACCUGUUGCAGUUAUAUUUAAUGAUGCUUAAUAAAGUUAAAAGAAGGGUUUGUUUGAAAUCAAUAAAGAGAAAU